AUGAGCUCCGAGGACCAAUUCACGUCGAUCCAGUGGGACCGUGGCGAGAUCGACCACCCGCCAGCCUCCCCCUCCGUUUCCGGUGCCCACAGCCUGAUUCCGGAAGAAAUUGAAGACACCCACAAGUUGCACCAAGAGGAACAACCCCACGAAGACCCCGUCGAGGAAGCCCCUAAAGAGCAAUUGACGAAUCCUGUGGAACCCCCACACCAAGAAGAAGCCGCUCCAACUUCUCCUGAGCUUGAAGCACCAAUUCCUCACCCUGAGACCAGGCCUAGUCCAGAGCCAGCCACCACCACCGAUAACCACACCGAAGAUGCUGACCAGACAGAAACCACCAUUGUCUCUUCUCCUGCACCUUCUGUAUCAGACAAGGGUGCUACGAGCGACAAUAACAAGGAUACGGGUGCGGCAGACGAAGCCAUUGCAGCCCAGUUUGAGAAGUACUCGAUCGCGGCCACCGUGACUACCCCCAUAAGAGAUGUUGAUGCCAGCUCCAAACCAUUCAUCUCAUAUUUAUUAGCCACUACAACUGAUCAUCCCGCAGUGUUAAAGCUCUCGACCCUGAAGAAAGACCCCAGUGCUACCAUCAAGGUGCGUAGAAGAUACGGAGAUUUCCGUAUACUUCACGACUGUUUGACAAAUGACUAUCCAACGCUAUUGAUACCCCCAAUGCCUUCAAAACUGAGCUUCAAAUACUUGACGGGUGACACCUUCAGUACCGAGUUUGUCCACAAGAGAUUGCACUCGCUUGACAGAUUUGUAAAGUUCAUUCUCCAACACAAGUAUCUUUCCCAGCUGUCCAUUUUUCACUUGUUCAUAAGUGAUGCCAAUGACUGGACCACCUUUACCAAAAACUUAAAGAUUAACUACAAGGACGAAGAUGCCAACGGAGGAUUCGUCAAUAAGGUUGUGAAUGAAGACCUCAUCACAGAAACCGUGAUGAAUUUCUUGACUCCUUCCAAGCACAAGAGAGAAACCAACAAGGAUAUCUUAGAAAUCAAUGAUAAAUUGAAGAGACUAUACGAGAACUUGGUUAAACUCGAUAAGAUUUUUGUCAAGUUGAAUAAGAAAAACCAUGACUUAAGCAUUGACUACGAACAAUUCCUGGCACAAAUUAUGAAGUUGUCCAUCCUUCAGCUGGUAGACCAAAAUCAGUCAGAACCAUCUACUCCUUCAAAAAGAACAAGCGUAGGAGAAAACGAUUCUAUUUUGAACAACUUCAAAAUAUUUUCCUCCUCCCUAGACUAUUUCCUGAAGAACUGGUCCGAGUUGCAUCAUUAUAUCGACGAGUCUUUUUUGGUGGCCCUUAAGGAUUGUGCCAAAUACAUAGCAAGCUUGACAAAUUUGAUUGAGCUUCAGCAUAAUAAGAAGAUAGACUUGCAAGUACUACAGGAUUAUCUCAAUAAGGCUAGAUCGGAGUUGGCUAAUCUUGGGGGUGGCGGAAGUCACCAGCACCAUCCACCACCAACACCAGUGAUGAAUCAUAAUUCUGGUGGCUUGGUUAACAAUACAACACAGCUCAUAAAAGAUACAUUGUCUACAUCGGCCACUGCCCAUAUUGGCUCUACAGUUAGUGACCAAAAGGUGCAGAAAUUACAGCAAAAAACUAUUCAAUUGGAAAACGAAAUUGAAGCUCAAACUAAAUUGGUCAAUGAUUUAACCCACAAGAUAAUCACCGAGGAGUAUCCAAAUUGGGACAGAUUCAACCGCAAUGAAUUGAAAGCAAGUAUGUUGGGGUUGUGCGACCAAGAGAUCAAGUUCUACAGGGGCUUGGUUGAUAACUGGAGCGAUGUUGAACUGAAGUUGGUCCAAAGAUUGGAUGAACUAAAAUGA